AUGUUUAACUGGAAUUUUCGCGCAAAGGAAGAGCCUUCAAAAGGAGUUAUUUUAAAUAAGGACACACCUAAGUAUAAAAAGGAUUUCAUAUAUAUCCCAGAACAAUAUGUGUGCCCUGUUUGUUUAGAUGCUUUUUCAGAUCCUUGUACACUUCCCUGUACUCAUACUUAUUGUGCGAAGUGUGUCCUUGGUUCUGUAGAGUGCCCUAUAUGCCGUUUUUUAAUACCAGAAAACUAUUGGUCAUCAAAGUAUGACCAAUUAAUAGACAAAAGUAUGCAAACAUAUAUGAGAGAAACGCUCAUAAAGUGUCAUUGUGGUAAGGAAAUGGCUAUCUGUGAAGCAAAUAAACAUGCUAUUGAGUGUGAAUACUGUCGAGAUGAUGCUACUAAUCAAAAUCUGAAAUUUAAUGUAGCUUCUUCAUCAUAUACAUCAACAAUAUCUGAUAGAAGGAAUUCUAGUAUAUCAGGACCAACAUUUGUUUGUCCUAUGUGCUUGGUAAAUUCUCAAUCUGUUUCUUUAUCCUGCAUGAAAUAUACAAUUGAAGAUUUAGUAACUCAUUGUGAUAAUUAUCAUAAGGAUUGUAAAGAUGAAGAUGAGAUAACCGAUAAAAUAAUGUGUCCUAUUUGUGUUCAUACUGGAGAUGAAAAUGCAGAAGUUUCAUUUAGUGAAUUUCCUAUACAUUUAAAAACUAAACACACAUUAAUUACAUCAUUUCUUGCCGCUGCUAGGGCUUCACUUAAUCUAAACUCAAGUGAAGCUAGGUUUCAAUUACUUGAAGAUAUUCUUCUACAAUAUGCUUUAAACAGAUCUAGAUAUGAUACAUGCAUAACACAAGAAAAUAAUGAGGAGCACAAUCAAUCUGAAAAUGAUUUUGAUUAUUAA